CCUACACCCCUUUUCUUAUCCCACACCAAUGUCGUUAACAUUCCCCAUUUUUUCACAGAUCUAAAUCUCGAUCAGGGUUUCCGAAUUCUGGCACCAAUCUCAGAUCUCUCCAUUCCUUCACCGUCUCCGAUCAUCGGUGGAGAGGCGAUUGGCUAAAAAUGCUGACGAAAUUCGAGACCAAGAGCAAUCGAGUGAAAGGCUUGAGCUUUCACAGCAAGCGUCCAUGGAUCCUCGCAAGUCUUCACAGCGGCGUGAUCCAGCUCUGGGAUUAUCGCAUGGGCACCCUCAUCGACCGAUUCGAUGAGCACGACGGCCCCGUUCGCGGCGUCCAUUUCCACAAAUCGCAGCCGCUUUUCGUCUCCGGAGGUGAUGAUUACAAAAUUAAGGUGUGGAAUUAUAAAUUGCAUAGAUGCCUAUUUACUCUUCUUGGCCAUCUUGACUAUAUCCGGACUGUCCAAUUCCAUCAUGAGUAUCCUUGGAUAGUAAGUGCAAGUGAUGAUCAAACAAUCAGAAUAUGGAACUGGCAGUCACGGACUUGCAUUUCUGUGUUAACGGGGCACAACCACUAUGUCAUGUGUGCUUCAUUUCACCCCAAAGAAGACUUGGUUGUUUCAGCCUCUUUGGAUCAGACUGUCCGUGUUUGGGAUAUUGGUGCCUUGAGGAAGAAAACAGUAUCUCCUGCUGAUGACAUUCUGCGAUUAUCUCAAAUGAAUGCAGACUUCUUUGGUGGUGUUGAUGCUGUUGUGAAGUAUGUACUGGAAGGUCAUGAUCGAGGGGUCAACUGGGCUUCUUUUCAUCCAACUCUCCCUCUGAUUGUUUCUGGAGCUGAUGACCGCCAAGUAAAGAUCUGGCGCAUGAAUGAUACAAAAGCUUGGGAGGUGGACACAUUGAGAGGUCAUAUGAAUAAUGUUUCAUGUGUCCUGUUCCAUGCAAGGCAGGACAUUAUUGUAUCAAAUUCAGAAGAUAAGAGCAUCAGAGUUUGGGAUGCUACUAAAAGAACUGGCCUCCAAACAUUUCGCAGGGAGCAUGACAGGUUCUGGAUCCUCUCUGCCCACCCCGAUAUGAAUCUACUCGCUGCUGGUCAUGAUAGCGGCAUGAUUGUUUUUAAGCUUGAGAGAGAGCGCCCUGCCUUUUCUGUCAGUGGGGACUCUGUGUUUUAUGUCAAGGACCGGUUUCUGCGCUCUUUUGAGUAUUCCACUCAGAAAGAUACACAACUGAUUCCAAUCCGCCGUCCUGGCUCUAAUGGUUUGAAUCAAGCACCACGAACUCUCUCUUACAGUCCUACUGAGAAUGCGAUUUUGGUUUGCUCAGAUGUGGAUGGUGGUUCAUAUGAGCUCUAUGUUAUACCCAAAGAUAGCUACGGCAGAGGUGACACAGCUCAAGAGGCAAAAAGAGGUGCGGGUGGUUCAGCUGUUUUUGUGGCUCGGAAUAGGUUUGCUGUGCUUGAGAAGAGCAGCAACCAAGUCCUGGUCAAGAACCUAAAAAAUGAAGUAGUGAAAAAGAGUGUUCUGCCUAUCGCUACUGAUGCUAUAUAUUAUGCUGGUACUGGGAACCUGCUCUGCCGGGCCGAGGACAAGGUUGUCAUUUUUGAUCUCCAACAAAGAAUUGUUCUUGGAGAUCUUCAAGCCUCUUUUGUUAGGUAUGUGGUUUGGUCUCAGGAUAUGGAGAGUGUUGCGUUACUGAGCAAGCAUUCAAUUGUCAUUGCUGAUAAAAAGCUUGUGCACCGCUGCACUCUUCAUGAGACCAUUCGUGUCAAGAGCGGAUCAUGGGAUGAUAAUGGUGUUUUUAUCUACACCACACUGACACACAUUAAGUACUGCCUGCCUAAUGGGGAUAGUGGAAUUAUAAAGACCUUGGAUGUUCCAGUGUAUGUAACAAAAAUAUAUGGGAAUACAAUCUUUUGCCUGGACCGAGAUGGGAAAAACCGUCCUAUCAUUAUUGAUUCCACAGAAUAUAUUUUUAAGCUGUCCCUGCUGAAGAAGAGAUAUGAUCAUGUAAUGAGCAUGAUAAAGAAUUCGGAACUAUGUGGACAAGCCAUGAUUGCAUAUUUGCAACAGAAGGGCUUUCCACAAGUUGCUCUCUAUUUUGUAAAGGAUGAGAGAACUCGCUUCAACUUAGCCCUUGAAAGCGGUAACAUUGAGAAAGCCCUAGAAUCUGCUAAAAAAAUUGACGAGAAGGAUUACUGGUACAGGCUAGGAGUAGAGGCUCUUCGGCAGGGAAAUGCAGGAAUUGUUGAAUAUGCAUACCAGAAGACAAAGAACUUUGAGAGGCUUUCCUUUCAUUAUCUCAUAACUGGAAAUCUGGACAAGUUGUCGAAAAUGAUGAAAAUUGCUGAGGUGAAAAAUGAUGUUAUGGGCCAAUUUCAUGAUGCGUUAUAUCUUGGUGAUGUGCGAGAGCGUGUGAAAAUUCUGGAGAAUGCGGGUCACUUGCCCCUUGCUUGCAUAACAGCUUCUAUUCAUGGGCUCCAUGACGUAGUGGAGCGUCUGUCUGCAAACCUGGAAGAUAAUGUUCCUUCUCUUCCUGAAGGGAAAAAAGCUUCUCUGUUGAUACCCCCAAGUCCAGUGCUAUGCGCUGGAGAUUGGCCUUUAUUAAUGGUGAGUAAAGGCAUAUUUGAGGGUUCUCUUGACGAUGCUGGUAAAGGUGCAGAAGAAGAGUAUGAAGAGGCUGCAGAUGCUGAUUGGGGUGAGUCGUUGGAUAUUGGUGAUGUGGAUAAUCUGCAGAAUGGAGACAUUAAUAUGGGGCUGGAUGUGGAAGAUGUGCACAAUGAGAAUGAUGAGGAGGGAGGAUGGGAUCUUGAGGAUCUAGAUCUGCCUCCUGAUGCCGAUACACCAAAGGCGGCUUCUAAUGCCCGUUCUUCUGUUUUUGUUUGCCCCACACCUGGUAUGCCCGUAAGCCAAAUUUGGGUCCAGAAGUCAUCUCUUGCUGCUGAACAUGCAGCUGCUGGAAACUUUGAUACGGCACUGCGUUUAUUGAGCCGUCAGUUAGGGAUAUGCAAUUUCGCCCCUCUAAAGUCACAAUUUAUUGAUCUCCAGUUGGGCAGUCACAGUUACUUGCGUGCCUGUACGUCAGCACCUGUAAUAUCUAUUGCAGUAGAGAGAGGCUGGAGUGAAUCAGCGAGCCCCAAUGUGCGAGGCCCCCCUGCUCUUAUCUUCAAUUUCUCUCAACUAGACGAGAAGCUGAAGGCUGGUUACAAAGCAACGACCACUGGAAAGUUUUCUGAAGCUCUUCGACAUUUCCUGUCAAUUCUUCACACAAUCCCUCUGGUUGUGGUUGAAACAAGAAGAGAGGUGGAUGAAGUGAAGGAAUUGGUUAUUGUAGUAAAGGAAUAUAUCCUCGGCUUGCAAAUGGAGCUUAAGAGGAGGGAACUGAAGGACGAUCCAGUUCGUCAGCAGGAACUUGCAGCAUAUUUCACCCAUUGCAAGCUCCAGCCCCCGCACUUGAGACUUGCGCUGACCAGUGCAAUGACUGUUUGCUUCAAGGCAAGAAAUCUGAGUACUGCAGCCAACUUUGCAAGGCGGCUUCUGGAGAGUAAUCCAAAUAAUGAGAAUCAAGCGAGACAGGCUCGCCAGGUUCUCCAGGCUGCUGAAAGGAAUAUGACGGAUGCAACACAGAUCAACUAUGAUUUUAGAAAUCCUUUUGUUGUGUGUGGAGCGACUUAUGUUCCAAUAUAUAGGGGGCAAAGAGAUGUAACCUGCCCCUACUGCACUACACAUUUUGUUCCAUCUCAGCAAGGACAGCUAUGCACUGUUUGUGAUCUUGCGGCAGUAGGAGCUGAUGCAUCUGGCUUGUUUUGUUCUCCUUCGCAAAUAAGAUGAUUUGAUUGUACAACUGCUUGUUUCUGUUCUGACCUUUUCACACUUUCAGAAAGUGGCUAUGCCUGUGAUGACCGUGACGGGCGCCUGGAGAGACUAAGGUAGGAGCUUCAGAUUGAGAGCGCGUGGAGAAACUUAAGAGGUAGGAGCUUCAGAUUGAUUGAGACGCUUCUCUCGGAUUUACAUAUCUGCUCAAUAUUUUGUUUCCUUCUGCAAUCCGUCUGCCUUUUUUUUUAUAGUAACAGUUUACAUUUCCCUUGUAGUAAUAAACUUGUGUAAGAUUUUUGACUUUGACCAAUUUUAUGCAGUGUGGAUAUUUAGUGUGCGUUACUCGACGUGCAUAUACCUAGUACCGAUGGACCCUAAAUGUUAUUUUUGCAGAUGUAAUAGACAUAUAUUUCUUGGAUUCAAAUUGCUUGUUCACUUA